AUGCUUGCUGCGGAAGGAAGAGUCUCAGCAAGGAGGCAGUCGUCUUCUCCGAAAUACAGUGAUAUCCAUGCUGAGAUAGCCUCAGGGUAUGAGAGCAAAUCAGAAAACAUCGACGAGUCAAUAGUCGGACCUGCUGCUGCUCCAAUUCCUGAUGUCUCGUUGAAUCUCCCGAUCACACCUAAGGGCACGAAGGCUCCGAUAGCGUCUGACAGGCCCGAUGGCACACAAGUCAAGGACGUCACGCCCCUUGCUCCUGACUUCCGGAAACCAAUUUUCUGCCUGUCGGUCGCCGUCCUCAAUGCCUGCAACAUGCAGCGAGCGAGAGGUGUUGGGCUGCGAGCAUGCUCGUGCGAGGUUCAGGUUGGGAAGGUGAACCGGAGCACUAGGACCGUCUUCACGUCCUCGGGUGACGUGCGACUCGACGACGGGAGAAGGAUGUUCUUCAAGGUGUUUGACAGGGCACAGCGAAUAACUCUUCGACUGAUGGAGGGGAGAGGGUUUGAGCGAGUAGAAGUAGGAAGGUUCCAAACCUUGGCUCAGGCUAUCCAUGAAAAGUUGGAAAGUUCCAAAGGACACACGAUGACAGCGAGUUUGAUAUCAGGGACGGGGAGGUUGCUGUAUGGGCGGAACGGAUCAAGUCCUGUCGGUCUAAAGAUCCAAUUCCAGCUCGAAGAGGCGGUGGAAGCUUGUGAUUUUGAAGAUCGCCACCAAACAAAUUUGGAUGAUUCCAACGAAUCUCAAGGGUUUAGAGAAGCCCUUGCGCUCUGUUGUGCUCAGCUGCUGCAAGCUUGUGUCCGAAGGCACGCGGUUCAAGUGCAGCGUGACAGGGACGAACAAUGUCGGAGGGUGAAACUCGAGCUUGAUCAGUCCGCACUUGGAGAGGGCGAGCCAACGUUGUCUGCCGGCGGGACGAUUGGGGAAGAAGCUCAAGACGAUGAUGAGCCGGCACUGAAGGACGGGGGACUUGACAGCAUGGCACCACAUGCUGAGGAUACGAUCGAUGUGGAGGGGGCAGGGAAGGCAGUGGAAGGAGUGGAGGAGGCGACAGUCGAGCGCUUCGACGCGCUGGAAGUUGCCGGAAACGUCAAGGCGAAGGAGGGAGGCAGAUAUCUGCCCGUGCUGGUUGUCGCCAGCAACGAAUUGAUGGAAGACAUCCGCCAGGCUGCAUCUGAACUAGGGGAGGAAGGAGUAGUGUUCCUUGACGGUGGAGUGGAGGCGCUGAAACGAUGCCUGAGACAAUCUGCAAGAGCAGGGGAGCCGAGGAGAAGGUCAAACGAUCCCGCUGAUGCCAUGGGAGCGUUGCCGGCAAGUGAAGAUGCGAUCAGGUCAGGGGAAGCGAAGGCACAGCAGGAAAGGGAGCAGAGGGAACAGCUGGUGGAACGAGAGCAGCAGCAGCAGGAGCGGGAGGAGGUUCUUGCCAUUGAAUGGCAUUCAGCAGGCAAGAAAGAGGAGAAGGAACUUCUUUCGUCAGAUGCAGGGGAAUCGUCAAGGCAUCAUGACGACUCGGCAGAGAAGCGUAAGAAGGCGGAGGCAGCGGCUGGACUUGUUGUCAUAUCGCAAACAGAAAGUUCGAUCCCUCGAUUGGACCACCAGGAAGUGGAGAAGGUGGAGGAGGUGGGGGAUAGUCAGGCGUGGACGGAGGAGAUGCUAAGAAGUCUACAAGACGUGCGGGCCGUUUGGGUUCAGACCGCCCGCGUUCCUCGUCUCCUGGAGCUGGCGGACAAACGACCAAGACACGGAGGAAGGGCCCCGAGCGCCCCGACGAUCGUCAUCGAUGACGAGCAUCUCCUCGACGACCGUCUCUCCAGCAUCGUGCAGGAGGCGCAGGAGGCAGCUCUGGCUAGUCUUCCUCCCUCUGUGCGCUUCCUGCGCUCCUCCACCCCUGGCGAGCUGUCGCUGCCUCCUGCUCAUGGGAGGGGAGCGACGCGUGUGCCAGACGCUCCGAGAGCUCGGGGCUCGCAUGCCAGAGGCAGAGGAGGGGCACAAGAAAAGCUCAAGAGUCUCCUCCAACGGAUGAACGCCCGGAUGGCCUCCCUGCUGUACGAUGCAGACAAGCUGGACAGGGAAAUUUUCUCCGACAUGCAGGAGGCCGACGAGAAGCUGGAGAGGGUGAUGAAGGAGGAGGCAACUGAAAGGAUGCAGCUUGCCUGUGACCGGAUCCUCCGCAUGGAGACCGAGUGCGAUGUUGGUUUGCGAGAGUGCGCAGAGAGACUGGAAAAGGCGGAGAGGGCGCUAGCGGACGAGCUGCACGACGUGAGAGGUGGUGGGCAACUCGAGGCGGAGAAGGAGGAGGAGGGACGUGCCAGGGAAAGGAUGAGGCAGAGGAGGGCAGCGAAGUCUCGCACUUCAAAGAAGUGGAGCUCAAUGAUGGGUUGUUACAUAACAAGUCGGUAG